GUAGGAAGGAGUCAGGCACCCUCCGAGCCAAGGAAAAGAGGAGCUACAUACUCAGGCCCAGGACUGCCAGAUCCAGGAGGACGAGCUUGGCCAAGAAAGUCUGGGCCCUCCAGAUCCUUAGGACCCAGUAACCAGCCUUCUUGUAAAACCCUAAGCACUGCCCAGGCUGAGCACCAUGGAGGGGGACUGUCUGAGCUGCAUGAAGUAUCUGAUGUUUGUUUUCAAUUUCUUCAUAUUUCUAGGAGGUGCCUGCCUGCUGGGAGUUGGGAUUUGGGUCAUCGUGGACCCAACCGGAUUUCGAGAGAUCGUGGCCGUCAACCCCCUCCUCUUCACGGGCGCCUACAUCCUGCUGGCCAUGGGGGCCGUGCUCUUCUUGCUGGGCUUCCUGGGCUGCUGUGGAGCCAUUCGGGAGAACAAGUGUCUGCUUCUCUUCUUCUUCAUGUUUAUUUUGUUGAUCUUCCUGGCGGAGCUCUCAGCAGCAAUCCUGGCUUUCCUCUUCAGAGAAAAUCUUACCAGAGAAUUCUUCACCAAGGAGCUCACAAAGCACUACAAGGGGAACAAUGACAGUGAUGUCUUCUCCUCCACCUGGAAUUCUGUCAUGAUCACAUUUGGCUGCUGUGGAGUCAAUGGGCCUGAAGACUUUAAAGCAGCUCCAGUUUUCCGGUUCCUGAACUUCAACGAAGAGGUCCCGGAAGCCUGCUGCCGGAGAGAACCCCAGACGAGGGAUGGGGAUUUUGUCAGCAAGGAGGAGUGUCUCCUGGGUAGAGACCCAUUCCUGAACAAACAGGGCUGUUACACUGUGAUCCUUAACUCCUUCGAGACUUACGUGUACCUGGCAGGAGCCCUUGCUAUCGGGGUGCUGACCAUUGAGCUGUUUGCCAUGAUCUUCGCCAUGUGCCUCUUCCGGGGAAUCCAGUAGUGACACUCACCCAGAUCCCCAACCCUGCCUGGCCCAGAAGAAAGACGUGGGAGAGGGAGCAUAACCAGGGGGAAAGAACUAUUUUUUUAACAAAAUGAAAUGAAAAAAAAAAAAGGUUGUAUUAUAUGACUGGCCUGGAGGAUCGUGCUGCAGGGGCUGGAACUCUGACAUGCUGAACACCAGAGACUGUAUUCUUUCCAUGGGCGUCUCCCUGCGGGGAUUGGGGGCAAGAGGAAAGCUCCGAUUGCACUAGAGACCAAAGGGGCUGGG